AUGUCACCUUUUGAGCUUGAUCAAUUAGUCCUCCUGUUUGGUACCAAUGAUGUCUGGGAGGAAGCAGCAGGCUCCUGCUGGAUAUCAGCUGGGAUUAUUGGUGUAUCGGUUGGCGCACGGACACGCUACAGGGAGUUUCCAAUCUGUGCAGACAUCGCGAUUCCAGAGCAAGGAUUCAGUCCAGCAAGACGGCUUGAUCUUCGUAAAGUAUUGAUGCUUGGGCCAGACAUUGGCGUGAUAGGCUGUUGUCCCUGUAACGUACCCAAUAAUCCGGCUUGGCUGACCUCUUGCUGCCAACUUCAAUUGAGGUUUCACAACUCGGUGGUAACAAGAUUGUCCAAAGGGCUGAAAACGGUGGUAAUUGGUUUGAUGUUGUGCAUCAGGUUGGAAUCAAUGGAGGGGGACACCACCUGUGGGAUCAGGAAGACAAUUUUAAUUCUGGCCAAGCUGAGAAUCCACAAGGAAUGUUCGAAUAUCAUUCAGAAGGGUGAGAUGGAUACGCUCUACUCAGCUAUUCUGAUUAACCAGGUACUCAUACCAAAGAAAGCAACUUCGAUCAAACUCAAAGAAAACAAACCGUCUUUGGAUCAAAGAUUGCCCAACAACAAACGAUUGGGAAGGACAAAGUGUGCAGACCCACCGACCUUUAGUGGGGAACAUGGCAAACUUGACAAUUUCCUGGCGGCCUGCCACAUGAACUUCAAAUCCAAAGGGGCCAACAUAUGGAAUUUGACCAAAUGGUUAGAGAGCUAUGACAAAUUCAUUCAACAUUUACGAACUCAAUUUGGAGACAGUAACAUGGCAGGCACUGCUAUGCAAAAAUUGCCGGAGUUACGACAGACCGACACAGCAGCUGAAUACUUUGCAAACUUUGAACUGUGGUCAACUCAUCUUGGGAAGGUACCAGAUGCAAUGAAAAUUGCAUCAGCCAUACAAUAG